AAGGAUGUGGUCAUUGUGAUGUGGUGUUUGGGUGGAGUUAACCUGGUGGGAGGAAGAAAGGGAGUAUCUAUAUAUCUCUAUAUACCAUGGACUGCCAAAAGAACAAACAAAUCAGUCUUAAAAGAAAUAUAACCAGAAUUCUCCUUAGAUGUAAAGAUAGUGAGACUUUGGCUUAUUUUGGACAUAUCAUCAGGAAAGAUUAAUUGCUAGAAAAAGACAUCAUGGUUGGUAGAGUGAAGGGUCAAUGAAAAUGAGGGAAACCCUCCAUGAGAUGGAUUGACACAACAGCUGUAACAGUGGACUCAAGCAUACCAACAAUCAUGAAGAUGGUGCGAGACUGGGCAACAUUUUGUUCUGUUUACACAUAAGGGCACCAUAAGUCAGGGCCAGCUGAACAGCAACUAACAAUAUAUAUGUAUGUGUGUGUGUAUGUGUGUAUGUAUUUCUAUAUUUUCUCGAUGUUGUUGUUUGCCUUCGAGUAGAUUCUGACUCGUGGAGACUCCACGGGUAUCAGAGUAGAACAGUGCUCUACAGCGUUUUUUUUUUUUUUUUUAAUAAUUUAGUUUAGUUUUUGUGGAGAAUAUAUGCAGCAAAACAUACACCAGGUUUGACAGUUUCUGCAUUUACAAUUCAGUGACAUUGAUUACAGUCUUCAAGUUGUACAACCAUUCUCCCCCUUUUUUUUGAGUUGUUCUGUCCAUAGAGUUUUCAAUGGCUGUGAUCUGUUGGAAAUAGAUCACCAGGACUUUGUUUCAAGGUGCUUCCUGGAUGAAUUCUAACAGCCAGCCUUUUGGUUAUUGGCUGAGUGCUUAACUUUGUGUCACCCAGGGACCCCAUACAACUAUACACACAGACAUAUUAAAAAAAAAAAAAAAAAGAAUCUAUGUGAAAACUUGUAAUACCUGAGUAAGCCCUGUGGUCUAGUUCAUUGCAUUGUACCAAAGUCAAUCGCCAGGUUUUGGUAAUGCACUAUAGUUAGGUAAGAUGUUCCUAUCGGGGGGAGGUGGGAGGUGGGUACACAGGAUCUCUCUGUACUGUUUUUACAACUUCUUCUGAGUCCCUGGGUGGCAUAAAUCUUUAAGCACUUGAUUACUAACCGAAAGGUUGGUGGUUCAAACCCACCCAGAGGUGCCUCAGAAGAAAGUCCUGACAAUCUGCUUCCAAAAGGUCACAGCCUUGAAAAGCCUAUGGAGCUCAACUCCACUCUGCACACAGGGGGUCACCACGAGUCAGAGUAAACUCGAUAGCAACUAACAACACUAACAAUUUCAAAAUAAAAAUUGUUUUUAAAACAAUGUCUUGGGCAGGACUUCAAAUGAGGCAGGACAGGAGUCAAGGCGGACGGAGUCACACACACUGAGGUUCAUGUGUUGGGGGAAGAUGUUGUCAUUGACGGCUUCUUGUUUCCUGAGUCAGUUGUGAGGAGGAAACUGCACCAGGCAGUGCAGAAAUCCAGACAGCUGGAGCUAAACUUCUACCCAUACAUCCUGGAGACAAAGUGGGCAGAAAGAGAGCCACAACUGCCCCAGCCCUGCUUCUUCCUUUCAUCUGCAAAACUGAAGACAGAAUUCUGGUCCAGAAGGGAUAUGAUGCUCACAGAAUUCCUGUCCCUGCUUUGCCUUGGGCUGUGUCUGGGUUAUGAAGAUGAGAAGAAUGAGCGACUUCCCAAGCCCUUCUUCAGUGCCUUGCCCAGCUCAGUGGUUGAAAGCAAAAGCAACGUGACUCUGAAGUGCUGGUCUACGUUCCAGAAUGCUACCUUCAGGCUGGGGAAGUUGAACAACACUGGGUCCGAGGAACAGCUGAAGUCAGCAGAAAACAAUGUUGAACUCCUCCUCACUGACCUCGAGCCUAAGGAUGCUGGGAAGUACUUUUGUACCUACAAGACAACAGCGUCCCAGGGAUGGGCAGAGAGUGAACAUUUACAGCUGGUGGUCACAGAUGAAUAUGAAGGAUACGAAGCUCCCCCAAUAAAAACGGGAGGAGAUGAAAACCUGGGCACCUUAUCUUCAAAACAAGACAGCAGGAUCAUUUUUAUUACAGUCUUCAGCUGCCUGUCCAUGUUCCUCAGCUUCUUCUCCAUCUUCCUCAUCUACAGAUGUGUUCAGUAUGAUUCAGCAGAUGAAGAAUCCACCAGGAGAAGCAGCCAUUCCAAUUUUCCCAACCAGGAGGCAACAGAUUUAUCCAAGCCAGAAAGGACAUCUCUCUCGGCUGAAGACUCCGAGGGGAAUACAAGGGCACUGUGUGAGGCAGCCUAUGCUUCCUACUGAGAAGCCCCUACGAUCUUGUGAAUAUGCAGCCCUGAAGGUGUAGAAGGAAGCCAGCAGGAGCCACUGGAGAAGGAAGGAGAGCCUGGAUUAAGACAGCUGAGGUGACUGGAAAUAUGGAAACCCAGAUGACUCCAUGUUCUUCACUUAUAAUCCAUACCAAUCAGAAUAAGUUUCUCUCUUUUUUCUUCUACACCUCUCAAAUAUUACUGGGUGGGUUUUCACAAAAUUUGGAGUGUGAGUUUAGA